UCUUCUGUACACAUAUACUGUAAAAGGGGGGUAGAGAGUGUUGUAAGUAUAACUUCAUUUUCGUGAUUUGUUAGCUUGUUGUAUCAGUAAAACUCAAGGAGAAGUAAUGGAAGCAAUUUUUUCUUUCUCAAAACGACUGCCUUCAGCAGUUGGGCCCCUUUGUAUGAGAAAACUAGGUAACAUUCAUCGUCAUGUUGUUGCUGUUCGUAAGAUAUCUGUACUGUCUGAGCUGCCUGAAACUCACGAGAUGUUAAGGAAGACAUGUAGAGAUUUUGCUGAUAAAGAACUACAACCUAUUGCAAGCCAAAUUGACAAAGCACAUUUUUAUCCAAGAGAUCAGAUCAAAAGACUUGGAGAACUAGGGUUAAUGGGACUCAUGGCUCCCGAGAGUGAAGGUGGUACUGGGAUGGACUAUCUUGCUUAUGUUAUAGCUAUGGAAGAGAUCAGCCGAGGUUGUGCCUCAACUGGAGUUAUUAUGAGUGUGAAUAAUUCACUGUUUAUUGGACCAGUACUGAAAUGGGGAACUAAAGAGCAGAAAGAGAAGUAUGUUAAGCCAUUUUGCACAGGGGAACGUAUUGGUUGCUUUGCCCUGAGUGAAGCAGGGAAUGGUAGUGAUGCAGGAGCAGCCUCGGCAACUGCCAUAGACGAUGGGAAUUCUUGGGUAUUAAAUGGAACAAAGGCUUGGAUCACUAAUGCGUAUGAAGCAGAAGCAGCUUUGGUUGGUGCUUUGUUUUUAAACUCUAUAAAAGAUAUUUUAAUAUCACUGAAUGA